AUGUAAAAACUAACCAACAUAUUUUACAUCAAAGGAUCACCAUGAUAAUAUUUAAUCUAUGCUCAAAUAACCUAACAAAGAUAAUAUAAUGAAUUGUCAUGUUUGCUAUGUAUUUGUAUAAUAUUUUUCUUUCUUUAAAUAUUUGUUAUAAGUAAACGUUUAAUGUCUGAGUGAGAGAGAUAAGUGAAAAGCUUUUUCAGGAAAGUUUUAAUAUUUAAUAAAGUUGUAUAUUAAUUCAUUCAUAUCAUGGAUGAACGUUUACGUUAUUAUGUAGAUAUGUUGAAUGAAAAUGAAAUUUCUAUUCGGAAUAAUGCUGGAUGCAUACUGUCAAAACUCUGUGAAAAGAUUUUACAUUUUCCUGAUGAAAAAACUUAUCGUAUAAUUUAUCUCAAUGAUCCUGAUGUCAUAGAAAAAUUACUUCCAGCAAGUGGUGCCAUGGAAUGUUUAUUUGAGAUAGGUUUUAUAGAGGAUGGUGAUCGUCUUUGUCUUCCAAAGACUGCAUUGCUUAAAAAAUUAGAAACUUUACAAAAGUUACUAUCUUCAAUUAAAUUGGAAUCAAAUAUUACAAAUUUAGAUCAAAGGCAAACAAUUGCAAAAGCAACAGGAUCAUCAGUAGAAUUAUCAUCAAUAGAAAACAAAUUUUUUAACAGAAUUAUUGAACAGUUUUAUAAUGUUAUGCGAUAUGAAGAUCAUGAUUUACAAGAGAAAGCAAAAAAAGUAAUACCAGUUGUGCAAUUGGAAAUCAAGACGAUGGAAAGAUUAAGAAAAUUCCAAAAGGACAUGAAAUGUGCUCUACUUAAUAAAGAAAUGAAGUCAGAUUCAUCUUUAAAAGAAGAUUUAGUAAGUUCAAUAGAUUUAUUUUUAAUGGAACUUUUGCACUGGUUCAAAUAUGAUUUCUUUCAAUGGAUUGAUAGUCCAUUAUGUACUAACUGUUCUAUGGAAUGUUCAUAUGAAAGUGUAAGACCUUCUUCAGAUCCAAAGUGUUCACGUAUAGAAGUUCAUAGAUGUAACACUUGCAAUGCAAUAACAGAAUUCCCAAGGUAUACAGAUCCAGAAGUAUUGUUAACUUCUAGAUGUGGACGUUGUGGAGAAUGGGCAAAUUUAUUUACACUUUUAUGUCGCUCAUUAAAUUAUGAUGCAAGACUUGUAUACGAUGUAACAGAUCAUCUGUGGACAGAAGUAUGGUCUGUUACUGAAAAUAGAUGGAUUCAUGUGGAUCCAUGUGAAAAUAUUAUAGAUCAGCCAUUGAUGUAUGAACGUGGCUGGCAUAAAAAGUUAAGCUACAUAUUAGCUUAUUCACGAGACGAAGUCCAGGAUGUUACUUGGCGUUAUACGCGAAAUCAGAUUGAUGUAAUGGCAAGGAGAAAAAAGUGUUCAGAAGAAAAUUUAUUAGACCUACUUCAAACAUUAAAUGAGAAACGUCAAAACUCUGUAAGUUACAGUAUGGCACGUAAACAAUAUGUUAUCAAACGCCGUCUCCGAGAGCUUGUUGAAAUGCUUAAUUUUCCAAACAUACCAAACAACUAUGACGAUAAUAAUUAUCGCGAAAGAACAACAGGUUCUUAUGCAUGGAGAAUGGCACGAGGAGAAGUUGACCAGCACAAUGUAAACAAAAAUUACAUAUGGGAUAUUUCUAAAGGUGGCAAAUCAUUCAUUCUUCAAUAUUUCAUUGUUAGAAAUGUGUAUAAAGUUAUAUAUUCUGAUGGCUAUAUCUUGGAACAGAAAUCUGAUUGGCAAGAGGGAGUAAAUUGUGUUGAAGGUGGAAUUUUUCAUAAAACAGAAAAUGAUUGGAAGGUGGCAUAUUUAUCUCGUUCAGCGAAUGCUGAAUAUGGAUACGUAAAAUGGUCGUUUGAAGUUCGAAAUCCAGAUUUAUGUAUAGAAACAUUUAAUUUACAGGCAAAAACUACAGUUUUUCACGGUGCAAAUAUUUCUUGGGAAGUGGAAGGCUUUUUUCCUUCUAUAAAGAAAGAAAAUACUUCCGUAGUUAUUCCUAUUUGUACAUGUGAUAAUUUUGCUACAGAAAAACUAAAAGGAGCAACAAAAUUAAAUAUUACAGUAAAACUUUCUGGUGGAAAAGGUGAUCUCGCUUGGCAACAUGCUCAAUUAUUUAGAGAAAGUUUGAAUAAUACUGAAAAGCCAUCUAUGACCAUUACUAUUAAACUUAAUAAUCACAAAAACUAGUUUCUUUAAAAUCAAUAGAAAUAUUAAUAAUACGACUACAUAUGAUAGGUAAAAGUUCCUGUGUAUUAUUUCAUGCAUUCGAGAAUUUGAUUUUAUUGAUAGAGAUAACUCUACAUUCCUUUAAACUUAUUAAUAAAUUAAUUAUACAUAAAUAAAAUUACAUAGAAAUUUA